AUGAUUCAUUACAAAAAGUUUAUGGGCAUUGGCUGUUUGGAAUAUGAGGAAAGUUUGAAAAGGCUGAAUUUAUACUCUGUGCGCACUGGGGAUUUUACAAACCGUGUGUUAUGUAACAGCACUGGGGAUUUUACAAACCUUGUGUUAUGUCAGAGUACUGGUGAUUUUACAAACCGUGUGUUAUAUGACAACACUGGGGAUUUUACAAACCUUGUGUUAUGUCAGAGUACUGGUGAUUUUACAAACUAUGUGUUAUGUGAUUGCACUAGCGAUUUUACAAACCGUGUGUUAUGUGACAGCACUGGGGAUUUUACAAACCUUGUGUUAUAUGACAGCACUGGGGAUUUUACAAACCAUGUGUUAUGUAACAGCACUGGGGAUUUUACAAACCGUGUGUUAUAUGACAACACUGGGGAUUUUACAAACCUUGUGUUAUGUCAGAGUACUGGUGAUUUUACAAACUAUGUGUUAUGUGAUUGCACUAGCGAUUUUACAAACCGUGUGUUAUGUGAUAGCACUGGGGAUUUUGCAAACCUUGUGUUAUAUGACAGCACUGGGCAUUUUAGAAACCUUGUGUUAUAUGACAGCACUGGGGAUUUUACAAACCAUGUGUUAUGUAACAGCACUGGGGAUUUUACAAACCUUGUGUUAUGUCAGAGUACUGGUGAUUUUACAAACUAUGUGUUAUGUGAUUGCACUAGCGAUUUUACAAACCGUGUGUUAUGUGAUAGCACUGGGGAUUUUACAAACCUUGUGUUAUAUGACAGCACUGGGGAUUUUACAAACCUUGUGUUAUAUGACAGCACUGGGGAUUUUACAAACCGUGUGUUAUGUAACAGCACUGGGGAUUUUACAAACCUUGUGUUAUGUCAGAGUACUGGUGAUUUUACAAACCGUGUGUUAUAUGACAACACUGGGGAUUUUACAAACCUUGUGUUAUGUCAGAGUACUGGUGAUUUUACAAACUAUGUGUUAUGUGAUUGCACUAGCGAUUUUACAAACCGUGUGUUAUGUGAUAGCACUGGGGAUUUUACAAACCUUGUGUUAUAUGACAGCACUGGGGAUUUUACAAACCUUGUGUUAUAUGACAGCACUGGGGAUUUUACAAACCAUGUGUUAUGUAACAGCACUGGGGAUUUUACAAACCGUGUGUUAUAUGACAACACUGGGGAUUUUACAAACCUUGUGUUAUGUCAGAGUACUGGUGAUUUUACAAACUAUGUGUUAUGUGAUUGCACUAGCGAUUUUACAAACCGUGUGUUAUGUGAUAGCACUGGGGAUUUUACAAACCUUGUGUUAUAUGACAGCACUGGGGAUUUUACAAACCUUGUGUUAUAUGACAGCACUGGGGAUUUUACAAACCGUGUGUUAUGUAACAGCACUGGGGAUUUUACAAACCUUGUGUUAUAUGACAGCACUGGGGAUUUUACAAACCUUGUGUUAUAUGACAGCACUGGGGAUUUUGCAAACCGUGUGUUAUAUGACAGCACUGGGGAUUUUACAAACCUUGUGUUAUGUCAGAGUACUGGUGAUUUUACAAACCGUGUGUUAUAUGACAACACUGGGGAUUUUACAAACCUUGUGUUAUGUCAGAGUACUGGUGAUUUUACAAACUAUGUGUUAUGUGAUUGCACUAGCGAUUUUACAAACCGUGUGUUAUGUGAUAGCACUGGGGAUUUUACAAACCUUGUGUUAUAUGACAGCACUGGGGAUUUUACAAACCUUGUGUUAUAUGACAGCACUGGGGAUUUUACAAACCAUGUGUUAUGUAACAGCACUGGGGAUUUUACAAACCGUGUAUUAUAUGACAACACUGGGGAUUUUACAAACCUUGUGUUAUGUCAGAGUACUGGUAAUUUUACAAACUAUGUGUUAUGUGAUUGCACUAGCGAUUUUACAAACCGUGUGUUAUGUGAUAGCACUGGGCAUUUUACAAACCUUGUGUUAUAUGACAGCACUGGGGAUUUUACAAACCUUGUGUUAUAUGACAGCACUGGGGAUUUUACAAACCGUGUGUUAUGUAACCGCACUGGGGAUUUUACAAACCUUGUGUUAUAUGACAGCACUGGGGAUUUUACAAACCUUGUGUUAUAUGACAGCACUGGGGAUUUUACAAACCGUGUGUUAUAUGACAGCACUGGGGAUUUUACAAACCUUGUGUUAUGUCAGAGUACUGGUGAUUUUACAAACCGUGUGUUAUGUGAUUGCACUAGCGAUUUUACAAACCGUGUGUUAUGUGAUAGCACUGGGGAUUUUACAAACCGUGUGUUAUGUGAUAGCACUGGGGAUUUUACAAACCUUGUGUUAUAUGACAGCACUGGGGAUUUUACAAACCUUGUGUUAUGUGACAGCACUGGGGAUUUUACAAAACCUUGUGUUAUGUGA